CAGCUCCCUGUGCGGGUGUGUGACAGGUCCCUGCGUGGCUGUGUGUCCGUGUGUCGUAUCCGUGUGCGGCUGUUUGUCCGUGUGUCGUAUCCGCGUUCGGGUGUGUGUCCGUGUGUCAAGUGUCCCUGUGCGGUUGUUUGUCCGUGUGCGGUUGUUCAUCCGUAGGCGGUUGCGUGUCGUAUCCGUGUGCGGGUACGUGUCGUGUCCGUGUGUGGUUGCGUGUCCCAUCCCUGUGCGGGUGUGAGUGUGCCAGGUCCGUGUGUGAUUGCGUGUCUGUGUGUGGUUGUGUGUCCAUGUGUGAUUGGGUGUUGUAUCCCUGUGCAGGUGUGUGUCAGGUCCAUGUGUGAUUGGGUGUUGUAUCCCUGUUCAGGUGUGUGCCAGGUCUGUGUGUGGUUGUGUCCAUGUGUGAUUGGGUGUUGUAUUUCUGUGUGGGUGUGUGUCCGUGUGUGGUUGUGUGUCCGUGUGUGGUUGGUUGUUGUAUCCCUGUGCAGGUGUGUGCCAGGUCCGUGUGUGGUUGUGUGUCCAUGUGUGAUUGGGUGUUGUAUCCCUGUGCGGGUGUGUGCCAGGUCCAUGUGUGGUUGUGUGUCCGUGUGUGGCUGUGUGUCCGUGUGUGAUUGGGUGUUGUAUCCCUGUGCGGGUGUGUGCCAGGUCUGUGUGUGGUUGUGUGUUGUAUCCCUGUGCGGGUGUGAGUGUGCCAGGUCCAUGUGUGGCUGUGUGUCAGUGUGUGGUUGUGUGUCCGUGUGUGAUUGGGUGUCAGUGUGUGGCUGUGUGUCCAUGUGUGAUUGGGUGUCACAUCCCUGUGCGGGUGUGAGCGUGUCACAUCAGUGUCCGGCUGUCUGUCCCUCUGCAGGUGUGUGUCAUGUCCAUCUGCAGGUGUCUGUCUGCCUGUCAAAUGUCUUUAAGUACAGUUGUCUGUGUGUGCUGUUGGUCCGUGUGGUUGUGUGUCCGGGUGUCAGAGGUUUGUGUGUGGCUGUCGCUCCGUGUGUGGUUGUGUGUCCGGGUGUCAGGGGUUUGUGUGUGGCUGUCGCUCCGUGUGCGGUUGUGCGUCAGGUCCGUGUGUGGGUGUGUGUUCGUGCACCAGCUGCCUGUGCACGGUUGUUUGUCUGUGUGGGGGUGUUUGUCCAUGUCCAGGUGUCAGGGGUUUGUGUGUGGCUGUUGCUCCGUGUGUGGUUGUGUGUCCAGGUGUCAGGGGUUUGUGUGUGGUGUUUGUCCAUGUGCGGUUGCAUGUGCGGGUGUCAGAGGUUCAUGUGUGUUGUUUUCUGUGUGUGACUGUUCAUCCAUGUGCGGGUGUCAAGUGUCUGUGGGUGGCUGUUCAUCCGUGGGCAGUUGUGUGUUGUAUCGAUGUGGGGGGGCUGUCAGGUCCGUGUGUACGUGUGUCUGGGUGUGUGUCAGCCCACAUGCGAUUGUAUUUCAUCUCUGUGUCUGGUUGUUCAUCCCCGAGCGGGUGUGAGUGUGUCAGGUCCGAGUGUGAUUGUGUGUCAGGUCUGUGUGUUGUUGUUCACCCCCAUGCGGGUGUGAGUGCAUCAGGUCGGUGUGUGGUUGUGUUUCAGCUCUGUUUGUGGUUGUUCAUCCCCCUCCAGGUGUGAGCGUGUCAGGUCUGUGUGCAGUUGUGUGUCAGGUCUGUGUGUGGUUGUUCAUCCCCCUGCAGGUGUGAUUGUGUGUCCACGUAUGAUUGUAUUUCAGCUCUGUGUGUGGUUGUUCAUCCCCCUGCAGGUGUGAGCGUGUCAGGUCUGUGUGUGGUUGUGUUUCAGGUCUGUGUGUGGUUGUGUUUCAGGUCUGUGUGUGGUUGUGUUUCAGGUCUAUGUGCAGUUGUUCAUCCCCCUGCAGGUGUGUGCCAGGUCGGUGUGUGGUUGUAUGUCCGUGUGCAGGUGUGUGGUGUCCACAUGUGAUCGUGUGUCCGUGUCAGGGUGUGUCAGCUCCGUGUGUGGCUGUGCCAGGUCCAUGCGUUGUUGUAUGUGUGUGUGUGUGUGUCACACGUGUGUGGUGUGUGCUCUGUGUCUGUGUCACGUGUGUGGUGUGUGCUCUGUGUGUGUUGUGUGCUCUGUGUAUGCUCUGUGUCUGUGUCGUGUGUGUUGUGUGCUCUGUGUGUGCUCUGUGUGUGCUCUGUGUGUUGUGUGCAUCACACGUGUGUGGUGUGUGCUCUGUGUGUGCUCUGUGUGUGUUGUGUGCUCUGUGUGUGUUGUGUCACACGUGUGUUGCGUGCUUUGUGUUGUGUGUGUCACGUGUGUGUUGCAUGCUCUGUGUUGCGUGUGUCAUGUGUGUGUUGUGUCACACAUGUGUUGUGUAUGUCAUUUGUGUGUUGUGUGCUCUGUGUGUGCUCCGUGUGGGGGUGUGUCCCACCCGUGUUUGUGUCCCCCGCCCACCUGUGUGCCCCCAUUCCCCUCUGACCCUGCCCCUCCCCUAUGACCACGCCCACGCCCCACCCAUCUCUGCCCCGAC